CGCCUUCUAGUAGCUUCCAGGCGCGCGGAGACGGCCGCUCGGCAUCGACGGAGGCAGACGCGGCUGCGGCGGGUGUUUCGGGGGCGCCGAUGGCCAAGUGGGGGGAAGGAGACCCGCGCUGGAUUGUGGAGCAGCGCGCGGACGCCACCAACGUCAAUAACUGGCACUGGACUGAAAGAGAUGCAUCUAACUGGUCCUCAGAGAAGCUGAAAACGCUGCUUCUGGCUAUUAGAGCAGAGAAUGCAGAGGGGACUUGUGAAGUGACAGAAGUGAGCAAAUUGGAUGGAGAAGCCUCCAUCAACAACCGCAAAGGAAAGCUAAUUUUCUUCUAUGAGUGGAAUAUCAAGUUGGCUUGGACAGGCACCUCAAAUACAGGUGUGAAAUAUAAAGGACAUGUGGAGAUCCCCAAUCUGUCAGACGAAAAUGAUGUUGAUGAAAUUGAGAUCAACGUUAGUCUUGCCAAAGAUGAGCCAGACACCAACCUUCUAGUGUUGAUGAAGCAAGAAGGUGCGGAACAGAUCAGCAAUGCUUUGGGAACUUACAUCAGUACUCUCAAAACAGAGUUUACGCAAGGCAUGAUCUUGCCCACAGUGAAUGGUGAACAGUCAGAGGCACCACCUCAUCCUGUGCAUAAAGCGGAAGAGCGCAAGGCUACUGAACAUGUUGCUGGCAACGCAGUUAAAUCCAAAUCAGUAGGGGUUAAGAUCCCAACCUGUAAGAUAAAUUUGAAGGAUACUUUCUUAACAUCUCCGGAUGAGCUGUAUAGAGUGUUCAUUACACAAGAGCUGAUCCAGGCUUUUACUCACUCGCCUGCUGUUGUGGAGGCUGACAAAGGAGGAAAAUUCCAGCUACUAGAUGGGAGUGUCACUGGAGAGUUCACUGAACUAGUUUCUGAGAAGCAGAUUACUAUGAAGUGGAGAUUUAAAUCAUGGCCAGAAGGUCACUUUGCAACCAUCACCUUGGCCUUCAUUGACAAAGCUGGUGAAACAGAAGUCCGUCUGGAAGGGAGGGGCAUCCCAGCCAAUGAAGAAGAGAGAACAAGGGAGGGCUGGCAACGUUACUACUUUGAGGGCAUUAAACAGACAUUUGGCUUUGGGGCCCGAUUAUUUUAACGCUGGCUACUGCGGAGAGUCUCUGCCCAAGGAUUCUGCCGUGUGGACUGAUUUGCUUCUUGGCUGUCCCUUUCUUAUCCUCGGUUUCACUGUAGUGACAAGCAGGAUGGCAGGGUGGUCUUGAAGGCCACUGAGCAGUGCAGAUUCCAGCCCUUCACUGCGUAUGCAUGUCUCCUGCUGCAGGGGAUUCAAAGGUGGAUUCUCAGAAAUGUACAUACACCCGUAUUGCUAAAUAAACAUAACUUAAAGAA